UGUGACGACGUGUGAGGAGAAAAACUCGGUGCAGACAGUUUCCGGGCAGUAUCGACGACUUUUCCUUGGGGCGUGUCAAAAUCUUUUUAAAAUAUAAAAAAAAAUAUUUAAAAAAAUUCCAGAACUAGAAGAAAGUGCCGAAGGUGAUAUUUUAUUUCUUCAGUGGAGGCUCGGCUCAACUAGGCGACGAAUAUAUUUAUGCAAAAGUGCCCCUCUCACAUUGAUGAUCUCGCGUCGAUGAUCGAAUGCCGUUGCGAUUUAAUAGUUUUUUUGUUGGUGGCAUGCUGAAAAGUGAUCGGAGUCGCAAAUUAUACUGACGACGACCUCCGGGCGGGCAAGUGGAAUUUUUUUGGGGGGAAGUUUCAAACUUGUGGGAAUCUGUAAUUUUUUCAGAUUUUUAAUGGGACCGGUUUUCUGUGGUUGUUUAAAGAUGUAAAUAAGUGGCUUAAGAGCAGAAAGGAUUGAAACCAAAAUAAAACAGGAAAAAAUUGUGCUGAAGUAUUUAUUAAAUUUGCGCUUUUGUUUUGGGACUUCAACAAGUGAAGUGCUGGGCCAGCUGAACUGCGUCAAUAAAGGUGGUGAUUGAGAAUCAAUCGUGUUUUUUGUGUUUUGACGGAAAGGUGAACCAUAAAUUCUGCCAAAAUGUUGUCUGGGUGGCAGUUGACCGUUUCCAAAUUCUUCAUCAUACCGCAGCGGGUCGUGCUGGCCAUCUUCGGCUUUCUAGCCAUCCUCAAUGCCUACACGAUGCGCAUCUCGCUAUCGAUCGCCAUCACCGAGAUGGUGAACAAAACUGCCGGUAACAUCGACGAAUCCGGAGUGUGUCCGCUGGACGGAGACGCCAAUCCGGAAGAUUAUACCGGUGGGGAGUUCGACUGGAGCGAGGAACUGCAAGGUAUCAUACUUUCGUCGUUCUACUGGGGCUAUGUGAUAACGCACAUUCCGGGUGGAAUGUUGGCCGAGAAGUUCGGCGGCAAGUGGACUUUAAGCUUGGGCAUUUUGUCAACUGCCAUUUUUACAUUGAUAACUCCUUGGGUGGUCGGAUUUGGAGGAUCCACUGGACUGAUUGUGUUGCGAGUGCUGAUGGGGCUGGGCGAAGGAACUACGUUUCCGGCUUUGAGUGCCCUACUUGCGACCUGGAUUCCGCUGAAAGAACGAAGCAAGUUGGGAUCGCUGGUGUUCGGAGGAGGUCAAGUUGGUACCAUUCUGGGUAAUCUACUUUCGGGCGUUUUGCUGCACAACUUUGAUGGAUGGUCUUCGGUGUUCUACUUCUUCGGAGGAAUGGGAAUUAUUUGGUUCAUUCUUUUCACGGUCCUCUGCUACAGCAGUCCGGAAGUGCAUCCGUUCAUCAGCGAUGAAGAGAAAGAAUACCUCAAAAAGGAAAUGGGAACCUUGAGUCGGGACAAGACGCUGCCGGCCACUCCAUGGCGAUUCAUUUUGACCAGCGUGCCGAUGUGGGCCUUGAUCUGUGCUCAAAUCGGUCACGAUUGGGGCUUCUUCAUUAUGGUUACCGAUCUGCCCAAGUACAUGAGCGAUGUAUUGCGGUUCUCGAUCAAAGACAAUGGACUUUAUUCCUCGCUGCCUUAUCUGUUGAUGUGGAUCGUUUCCCUCUCGACCGGUGUUCUCGGAGAUUGGUUGAUCACUAGCGGAAAGAUUUCGAUCACCUUCAGCCGGAAGCUGUUUACGUCUAUAGCUUCGGCUGCUCCGGCUUGCUUCAUCAUCGCUGCCUCGUACGCCGGUUGUGAUCGAGCUCUGGUAGUGGCUAUGUUUACCCUAGCUAUGGGCUUCAUGGGAACGUUCUACCCGGGAAUGAAAGUCAACCCGCUGGAUUUGAGUCCCAAUUAUGCUGGAAGCUUGAUGGCCAUCACUAAUGGAAUCGGUGCCAUCACCGGUAUUUUGGCCCCCUAUGUAGUUGGAAUUAUGACCCCAAAUCACGCUCUCGACGAAUGGAGAACCGUAUUCUGGAUCACUUUUGCCAUCUUCCAUGUCACCAAUUUGGUAUACAUCGCGUGGGCCUCCGGAGAAGUUCAACCCUGGAACAAUCCUCAUCUGAUGAAUAAGUCUGUCGAAGGGGGAGAUGUGAUCACAUACAGCGAGAAGAAUGUUCCGGAAGCCAUUAAGGACUCGGACCGGAAGGAAUAAAACCCUUCGAACCUCGCAAGGCAAGUCGAAGGAAACAUUUCAGGAAGAAGUUGCCCGCCACCCCCUCCAGGGCAACUGAGUGCUCGCAAAGACUGGGUCGGAGGCUGUGCAAAUCUGACCAAGUGAUGAUGAUUUCGAGUGACGUCUUCCUCGCGAUCACCGAGAGGAAUAAAACUGUCACUCCCCUAGAUCUUAGGUUACCGUGAUGUAUAAAUUUGUAAUCGGAAAUGCAUUUGCUAGCGUGUUACUGGUUGAGAUAAACCGAAUUUAUUAGGAAAAGUGAAGAAACGUCGAAAGUUUGAUUGGAAAUAGUGUUGAAGGGGCUGCGGUGAACCUCAUCAUAAAUGUAAAGAAACUAUUCUCCAAAACUCAAUUUAUUUUCAAUCUAGAUCAUGAAGAUAAAAAAAAAGUGCAGAAAUGGUAUAUUUUUGCUUAACCUUAAAAAAAUUAAAUUUACAUUUGGGUGUAACGAUCAAAGAAAAUUAGUUAUGACUGUUUCCUUCAUCUUCCAAUUUUCAAUCAAAUAGAUUUUUCGAGUUAAUUCCUAAACUUGAACUUCAAUUUUCCAAAUUUAUGCUUUCUUAUGUAGAUGUGAGUCCCCGUGUUGUGAUUCAAGAUCAAAUAUCAGACUUUUGUUAUAAGAAAUUAUAAAACUGAUCCUCACUCCAACGAUAAGCAUUCAAUAGCAAAGAAGAGCUCAGAAUUUUCAAACUUCAUGGUUGUUUGCUGAAUAAAAGAUUCAACUUUUAAUUAACCAAUUUUCUCAAAUAGUGCUUCAGAGAUCAUAUUCAUAUUUUCAAAUAGCAAAAUCUGUUUACAAAAGCGCCGACUCUAAAAUUGUAUGCUACUCAAAAACUUGCGAUUCACAAAAGGAAACUUCAAAAAAUCGAUCAAAUAAGUUCAAAUUGAAGCUGUAAAUAUUUAGUCUAAGAACAAACUCAAAUUUGAAAUUUCUUUGUCACAGUUUCUGCAACCUGCUUACAGUUAUGUAAGCCUACAAUCAAAAAAUCAUAAAUUAGUCACUUUUGAUAAAGACUGCAGUCUUUUUAUUAAACCCUAAGUUUAUACAACACUGAAAAAAUGUACAUUUUCAUGUUUUGAGACGAAAGUGCCACUAUAGGUAGAAAACAAUCUAACGGAGACACACGUGUGCGUGAGCUGUUUUAUGCUCCUCAUCUAAGUAGAGAUGGUCAACGUUUGACUUAUCUUAAGGAAAAAUCGUGAUCGAGAUGAGCUUGUUUAACCAGUGAUGUGCUUACGUUAAUUAUUUUUAAGUUAAUCCAUAUCGUGUAUAAAAUAUUUGUUGAACAUAAAUAGUUGUAGAUAAAACUUCAGGUGUCUCCAGAAA